CAAAAUAUUUCAAGCAGAGAAAUCAUUCGUACAUUCGAAAGGCUUGCAACUUACAAGCAAAUGUUAUUUUGCCAAUGUCCCUAUAUCACGAGGCCGCCGCCAUUCUGACAAACCCUGAAGGCGGAAGUCUCAAGUCUCGGGUGUUUGGCGCAAAAAACCUCAAGUCACCCCCCGCCCAAGUCUAUGCCUUGGCGCUGGAGACGUGCAAAUGGAGCGCCAUACUCAAGGAGGUUGUUGACAGCUCACAGCUGCUAAAUCAUGAGCGCAAGCUGACGCCCCCUUUGGCCCUCCUCCUCGCCCAUGACCUUCUACUCGCCAAAGGCGGCGUCGCUCUGCCGGCCUCGCACGGUCUGCGCGUCACCAUUGAGCGCCACAAGGCCCGCCUGUCAUCAGAGCUCACGCGCGCCCGCAUCAGGAGAAAGGCCCCUACGCUCGACGCUCUCAAGGCCCAGGUCGAUGAGGCGACGUCGUCCGAAGCCGGCCAUCCACGCUGGGUGCGCGUAAACACCUUGAGGUCGACGCUUGCUGAGCAGCUCGAGAUCACUUUUUCUCGCUACUCAAAGGUCGACUCCGUACUGGAUGUCGUCACUAAGGGUAGCGGUAACGGCGGGCCUUCUUGCAACCGCAUCUACCUGGAUGAGCACGUGCCAAACCUGGUGGCCAUCUCGCCUGGGUCGGAUAUCACCAAGACAGAGGCGUACAAGUCUGGCGCCGUAAUUUUACAGGACAAGGCGUCGUGCUUUCCUGCUUACCUGCUGGAUCCGCGACCAGAGGAUGGAGAUGUCAUUGACGCAUGCGCUGCCCCUGGAAACAAGACGACGCACGCGGCCGCGGUUCUAGAGGAGUACCGUACUGCGGUAAACGUGAAGGAAUCCAAGGGGUCUCGAUCUACGGUACAUGCCUUUGAAAAGGACUCGAGGCGCGCCGAGAUCUUGGCCAAGAUGGUCAAGAUCGCAGGCUCAGAUUCGUUCACCGUCGUGAAUAAGGGCAAGGACUUUAUGAAGGCAGACCCAAACAGCCCUCUCUACAAAGACGUGGCCGCUCUGCUCCUAGACCCGAGCUGUUCCGGCAGCGGUAUUGUAGGCCGUGACGACGCCCCGGAGCUGCAUCUCCCUGAUGCUCCCGGGUCGGCAAAAAAGAGUCAGAGCAACAGCAAAGGAGGCAAACGGAAGCGCCAAGAUGAGCAGGACCGCAAGAGCAAAAAGAAUAAACCCAAUGAACAGGAAGGCGAGCAAGAGGAAGCGGGUCGUACCUUUGUAGAUGACGAGGGACAGACGACAAUGGCAUCGUCGGCAGCCGACCUCGCCGCGCGCCUGGCCGCGCUCUCGUCCUUCCAGGCCACGCUGCUCGAGCACGCCAUGAAAUUCCCAAGCGCCAAGCGCAUCACCUACUCGACCUGCUCUAUUCACGCCGAGGAGAACGAGGGCGUAGUGCUCAGAACGUUGAAGAGAAACCCAGGCUGGAGGAUCAUGAAGAGGGAAGAGCAGGUCGACGGCAUGCAGAGGUGGCCCGUACGGGGAGAGGUGCAGUUUUGUGAGGGCGACAAGGAGAUCGCCGAAGGAUGCAUCAGGGCGUACAAGGGUGAUGGGCAUGGUGUCAUGGGAUUCUUUGUCGCCGCUUUCGUGCGGAACGAAGACGGGCAAGCCACACCUGCACCUGCACCAGUGCCUACGCCAGAUACCCACAGUGGUGCGGUGGAUGAGGAAAACGAUAGGGACGACGACGAAUGGGGUGGCUGUAGUGACUAGCGUGAUGAUAAAACAGACAAAGUGCACAAGAAACGCGCUUUUUGGAACAUAGAUGCUUGGAAUCUUAAUUCUGGUAGUAAAGAUCUCGCAGAGAUCGCCAUAGCAAUCUGCACAAAAACAGAACACAUUAUAGUACACGCUCAUUCCCCAGAUUCCCCACCAU